ACAGAAAAAAAAGCGCACUUCAGAUCCCUCAGUUCUCACGCGGGGAAGAGAUUCUCAUCCCGACAGAUUCGAUCGAUCCCUCUACACUCCGGCUUUAUUAUUCCCGCAGCUCAACCAGAAAGUGAUUGCAGACACAAUUCCGCAUGGCUCGUGGCAUUCCUUCAUCCCCUAGGAGAAGCCAUCGUGGCGGCUACCACAAGAGCAAGAAGGUCGUCGAGGAGGACGAUGGCGGCCAAACACGCUGCGUGUGCAAUCAGCAACAUCAUGAGGGUGUUAUGAUCCAAUGCGAGACCUGCAAGGUGUGGCAGCACUGUCCCUGUGUGGGACUGGGCGACGGCGAAGUGACUCCGGACAAGUAUUACUGCGACUCUUGCCGCCCCGAGAACCAUCCGUACAGGGUCCAAGACGGCCAGCUAAUCUCAACUCCGGCUGCAACUGGUCCGAAAGCAAAGUCGUCCAAAAAGAGAAGUACCAUGAACUCUAAAGACGCCUUGUUCUCAGCAGACUCCGCAACAACACAUUCUCACCACAGCAAGAACAAGAGCGAAGAGGACACGAAUGUCUCUGCAAGCAAACGAAGCAAUGACACCGACGAUGAUAGCAUAAACACUACCAACAAGUCCAAUGGCCAUACACGAUCUUCGAAACGUCGGAGGAAGAAUGUGAGCAACAUUGACGACAGCGAAGAUACGAACGAGGAUGCCACCCAUGGGUUGAAUGGAUAUCAUCAUGAUGAUCAAAGUUCGGAGGCAACAGACAAGGACUCGGAGACACCAUUAAACUCCACAGCCGCCUCAUUAAAGAGAGUAACAAAGGGUAAGGGCUCUUCAAAGUCCAAGAAAGCGGGUUCUACCAAACCGUCGAUAGCUCAUUCCCCGCCAGACUCACCUCAAGCCAAGGACGAGGAGUCGAGCCAUCCUAACGACGAGCAAGGCGCAGAGCCGUCUCGAGCACCUUCCCCACAGCAGGCACAUCCUGCUGGCCGACGGACCGGUGGGAAGAAGAACAGUCGCCCCUCGGAGGAUGAACCCAUUGCGGACAACAGAUCCACCGUCAGCGCAUCAAGCAAGAGGAGAAAGCUAGCCAAAUCAGAGACACCCUCACCAGAGGCAUCCUCGUCUGCUGUCGAUCACGACAAUGAACCGCAUCGAGCGGUUGGUAAUGAAUCCAUUGCGGACUCGCAUGAUGCCUCCGCGAAUUCUGUGCCUGGUUCCGGCAAUAGCGUCACCAAUAACGGCUGUAUUAAUAACGAUACAGCAUUGUCAUCACCAACUACGGCGACGAACAAGAGGACAGGUUCUCGCAAGAAUGCCGGCCAUUACCACCAUCACUAUAAGGCCAAUUCGGACUCUCCUACGCCCUCUGGUACUCCACAGCCGAUGCAGCCAGCCCCGCCAGCCAAGGUUAAAUACCCAUCUACCAGAAUGUCGUUCAAGGACAUGAACAAGCGGGCACAAAAUCUCCUGGACUAUAUCAGCCGGGUACAAGUAGAGAUGGUGGAACUGAAGAUCAAAAACAGUAAUCACAGCUCAGUCUCGCCCACUGCCGAUGCUGUCGCAACACCUCGGCAGGCUGGACUCCAGGUGCAAUUGCAUGAGCAGGCUACAGGAUCGACUGAAACUCCAGAUACGCAUUGGUUGUCAACGCCACCACAAUCUGUGCAUGAGCUAUCACACGGUGAUUUCUUGGAGCAGAAAGCCCAAUUGAAGCAGGUUGACCUGCCUUGCUCAUCAUCGAGUACUGGUACGGGAUCUGAGAAAAGCAAAGCACCCAUGACACCGCCACACCAACUGAAUGGUUAUGGCAGUGGCGAUUCCAUGGAAUCGACCGUCGAGUCCCACAUUGGUUGUAAUGGGGCUCAAUUGGGUCUUGCUAUCAUGCCGGUGACCAGCCUGGAUCUGAUGGACAAGCUGUCGGGAGAUUUGGUCCGUUUCCAGGAGAGGUUUGGACACUAUGUGGAGUAACAUGACCGCUGUCAGGAGGGUCCUAAGAGGAAGGCCAAGGCACCGAUAUACAGUUCUAUCUAUUCAGUGUACAACGAGAGAGCACCAUACCUACCGCUUUUAUUUUUUCAUCCUUAUUGUUUUUUUUCUUUCGAGGCCGAUCAUUAUCUUGUUCCCGCUGUUGCUGCUUGCGGUCUAUUUUGCUU